AUCAUAUGCUAUCACAUUCUGUCUGCCUCCCAUCCCAUGUUUUCAACUUGCAUGUGUGGUUUGAACGUGUGCAAGAAUUUGUGUGUGGUGUGUUCUGGAGUUUGGGAAUGUGUUUUGUGUUAUUCUGUCUGAGCAGGUAUUUGUGAUGAUAGAUCUUGAGAAGAUCUUUCCGACGCGACAAGAAUCGCUUCAAUCGGAGCAAGAACGCGAAAGCUAUGAAGAUUCAAAGUUCAUGAGCUUGCGUUACAAUUGCGGCGGUUACAAAGUGAAGUUGUGGGGUGACUCAAUAUGGAUUUGGGACCUUUGGGGUUGGGAAAAUUCGUCACUCUACUGUAGCAGCUGCAAAUUGGUUGGGAACAACCAAGCUAGGUUGGCAAGGGUGGCCAACUUGGAUGGAUUGGUUGGGAAGAGACAAAGUAGCUAAGAUUACGAGCAACAACACAUCCGAGUUUCGCAGCAUUUCAACGGCUAUUUCUUUGUCGACAACGUUUCUUGUGGAGAUGAUUUUUCUGUCCAGAAUUUCGGAUUUAUAUUUUGAGUAAUUCUAGCUCCUAAGUUCACCUAGACUCCGUCCUUAAUUCUAACAGAAUUUCCCCUCCUUCUCGGAAUCAACCCUACCUACAUUAAUCAUCCCUACCUUGCUGAAUUCCCACUACGAUGCUUAAUCAACCCUACGUUGCUGAAUCACCCCUACCUUGCUUAAUCACCCCUACCUUGCUGAAUUCUCCCUAUCUUGUUGAAUCAUCCCUACCUUUCUUAAUCACCCCUACCUUGCUUAGUCACCCAUACCUUGCUCAAUCACGUGUGUCUUGCUUAAUCAUCCCUACGUUGCAGAAUUUCCACCAACUUGCUGAAUUCCCUCUCCCUUGCUGAAUCACCCCUUCCUUGCUUGAUCAUCCCUAUCUUGCAGAAUUCCAACUACCUUGCUUAAUCAUUCAUACCUUGCUGAAUCCCACCUACCUUGCUGAAUCCCCCCUUCCUUGCUUAAUCAGCCCUACCUUGCUGAAUUCCACCUACCUUUUUUAAUCACUCCUACCUUGCUUAAUGACCUCUACCUUGAUUAAUCAUCCAUACCUUGCUAAAUUCCCCCCCUUACUUGCUGAAUUCUCCCUAUCUUGCAGAAUCACCCCUAUGUAGCUUAAUUACCCUUACCUUCCUCAAUUCUUACUAUCUUGCUGAAUCAUCCCUGCGUUUCUUAAUCACCCCUACCUUUCUUAAUCACCCCUGCCUUGCUUAAUCACCCCCACCUUGAUUAAUCAUCCCUAUGAUGCUUAAUCAUCCCUACAUUGCUGAAUCCCCCCCACCUUGCAGAAACAUCACUACCUUGCUUGAUUAUGCCUACCUUGCUGAAUUUCCACUACCUCGCUGAAUUCCCCCUACCUUAUUGAAGCACUCCUAACUUGCUUAUUCUCCCAUAUUUUGAUUAAAAACCCCUUCCUAGCACUAAUCAUCCCUACUUUUCUGAAUUCCCCCCUCUUGCUGAAUCCCCCCUACCUUGCUCAAUUUCCACUACCUUUCUUAAUCACCCCUAACUUCCUUAAUCACCCCUAUCUUGCUGAAUCCCCCCUUACUUGCUAAACCCCCCCUUCCUUGUUGAAUCAAUCCUACAUUGCUGAAUCCCCCCUACCAUGCUAAAUUCUCCCUACCUUACUAAAUAACCCCUACCUUGCUUAAUCACCCCUACUAUGCUUAAUAACCCCUACCUUGCUGAAUUUAUACCCAUUUGCUGAAUUCCCUUUACCUUGCUUAAUCACUUCUGCCUUGAUAAAUCAUCCCUACAAUUCUUAAUCAUCCCUACCUUGCUUAAUCCCCGCCACCUUGCUGAAUCAUCCCUACCUUGCUUAAUUGCGGCUACCCUACUGAAUUCCCACUUGGUGUAUUACCCCGACCUUUUUUAAGCACUCCUACAUUUCUUGAUCUCCCAUACCUUGAUUAAUAACCCCUACCUAGCAUUAAAUACCCCUACCUUGCUGAAUUCCCCCUUUCUUGCUGAAUCCCCAUACCUUGCUGAAUUUUCCCUAUCUCGCUGAAUCUCCCCUACCUUGCUGAAUUUCCAUUACCUUUCUUAAUCACCCAUACCUUGCUAAAUCACCCCUACCUUUACUAAUCACCCCUUAUUUGCUUAAUCACCUGCAAGGAGGCUGCCCUGAUAGCUCGUUAUGAAGACCUCCCAGAGAAGGGUCUAAACUUCAUGCUGAUGGGGUUAUGAGCUUAGUGGGAGAUGGAUCAUCCGCGGGCGCGUGUCGAGGAAGUCUCCCAAGACCUGGAGAAUGUGGACGAUUUGGUAGAAGGCGGAUUGCGAGAGUCGUGCGGUGUUCUAGGAGAAGGAGAAAUGCCGAACGGAGAAGGAUCAAGCAUGGGCGACGGAAAGGACCCUGGGCAAAAGUAGGAGACGAGCUCGAAGAUGAAGAGCGCUGUAGAAGGAGACCGUUCUGCUGGUCGGGUCGGCGCUGGGAGCGCUGCCGACCACUCUACCAUCUACUUCUCGACAGCCUCGAGGGAAGGAGGAAUUGCUCCCGAGUUUGGCUACUUCAAGUUUUCUCCCGACAAGAUUGUUGUGCCAAGGCUCCUUGAGGGAUGACACGACUUGGCAUCAUGGGUCAAUUCAAUCGUGCCCCAAUUGGAGAUUGCACAGCUGAAGCAUUUUGUUGUGUUGUGUGAUGUCAUCAUAUGCUAUCACAUUCUGUCUGCCUCCCAUCCCUUGUUUCAAUUCGCAUGUAUGGUUUGACUAUGUGUGAAGGAAUUUGUGUGGUGUGUGUUCUGGAGUUUGGGAAUGUGUUUUGUGUUAUUCUGUCUGAGCAGGUAUUUGUGAUGAUAGAUCUUGAGAAGAUCUUUCCGACGCGACAAGAAUCGCUUCAAUCGGAGCAAGAACGCGAAAGCUAUGAAGAUUCAAAGUUCAUGAGCUUGCGUUACAAUUGCGGCGGUUACAAAGUGAAGUUGUGGGGUGACUCUAUAUGGAGUUGGGACCUUUGGGGUUGGGGAAAUUUGUAACUCUACUGUAACAGCUGCAAAUUGGUUGGGAACAACCAAGCUAGGUUGGCAAGGGUGGCCAACUUGGAUGGAUUGGUUGGGAAGGGACAAAUGUCAAAGUUGGGGUUCCUAUAGGGGGGGAAUCUUUGUGCUUAUGGGGUUUCCUUGGUUGGGGACUCUCUUAGGACAUUCCCUCUCAUCCCUAUCUUCUAUCCCAACCCUUCUCUUGCUCCUCUAAUUCCUUGUGAGAUUCUUGAACUUUGAUUGAACUUUUGAGAU